AUGGCGGCGCCCGACAUCCCCUGGGACGAGCGCCCCUGGCGGCAGCAGCGGGGGCUGGAUGAGGAGCAGUUCAAGGACGAGUGCCGGGGGUGGGACGUGAACGAGCUGGUCUUCUCGCCCGCCCUGUGGGGCACCUACCAGCCGCUGAUGCGUGCCGACUUCACCCUCUUUGAUGAAUACACACACCGCCAUGCCGGCGCUCCUCCCUUUGCCUUCCCUCUCACUGCCUUCUGGGGCACUCGUGACCGGCGCAUCAAGCAGCACAUGGUGCAGGGCUGGAGCCGGUUCACCACGGGCGCCUUCCAGCUGCUGGAGGCGGAGGGGCACCACCUGUGGCCACUGGACAAGGCGCACAAGGCCGCCUGGCUGCAGGUCGUGGCCGACCAGCUUGCGCAGCUGCAGCUGUGA